AUGGAUCAAUCCAAAACCUUUGAUCGUUCCUUCAUCGAUCAAUUCGACUGGAACAAACAAGAAGAAACCCCAACCAUUCGCGCCGCGAAGAAAUCCGAUCCUGCAUUGCUGGAAGCCAUUCUGGCUUAUUACGCAACAUACGGCAAUGACAAAAGCCUGCCUGAUCCGUACGGCCAAAUAGAGAAACUCUCACCUAAUUACACGAUAUCGGGAACCUUUGAUGGUGUUUGGGACUCUCCCUUGACAGCUGCUAUUCGCGCCAAUCUGCCACACAAUGUUCGACUUCUUCUGGCUGCGGGCGCAGAUCCUAACGGCAUUCGACUGAGAAACAUGGAGGACUAUUCAGUCCGGUUCAUUCGUGGUCGCCAUUUCCAAGACGAUAUAUCUAGCUUUUCUAUGUGCGCUCGUCGUGCUGUUGUUUUAGAACAAGCACAAUCGAAAGGGAUCAGUCAACAGCUCUCCCCUUUGACCCAGACAGAGCUCGAUGAACGGCUCCAAGGGUUUCCUCGUUUCUGGACAGAGCCAAAUCUCCCCGGUCAAAGACUUAGGAUGGACCGGGCUUUGACAGCACUAGAGGAAGCUGCGAAAAUAGGUAAUAUCGAAAUAUUUGACAUCCUUCGCGCGGCUGGAGCAGAUGAAUCUGCGUGGGUGGAAUCCACGUUGGAUAAUGACAAAGACACAGUGCAGGAGGCAAGCUACUCGGUAUCAAAUCUUUCUGUAUCUUCGCCUGUUCAUGAGGCCAUUGAAGCCGGCAAUCAAUUUAUGUUCCGGCAUCUUCUCUCCUCCUGCGGGUACUCUCCUAACUAUCGUCCUCGCGCGGCUCCAACCAUCAGUCUCCCACCGCUGUCCUAUAUCAUCGUCCGUUGUGAUUUAAGCAAUCGGGGCGUGCAGCAUUGUCUGGUAGAUUUAAUCUCCCACCCUCAUCUCAAACCCAAUUUGCGCACACCUAUCUUUAACGUGCAUGUCCUCCAUUUUGCAACCGCACAUCAUGAUCCAGACCUUCUUUCAUGGUUGGCAGCUUCUAUCCCCGGUGGACUCGGUAGUGCGGGGACAACGGCUCUAGGACAUACGUUACUUCACAUUGCUUCGUUGCCUCUCACGGCCAAACAGACUGCACGUAAUAAUCCAGAUGUCGCCGACAGUAUACAUUGUGCCCGCACGCUUGAUUCUAAGUGGUCUUUUCAUUAUCUGCCAAGCCCUCUGCAUAUCCAGUUUCCAAAGCCACAGGAAGGGUCCCAGAAACCACAGCCACUGACGGAUUCCGAGCAACAGGCACAAAAUGCAACUAUUCGGUUUUUACUAGAAUGGGGAGGCAUUGAUGUCAUGGCACAAGAUGUUGACGGCAACACCGCCUUACAUUACUUAGCCGGGACUAUCAAUGUUAGUGAGGAUAUUGUUGAAAUGGUUCGACGGGCGGAUGGAGGUGAGGUAACGUGGGAGAACGCGACAAACUGCCAUGGCAUUACUCCGCGAGAGAUGUGGUGUAAGUGA